AUUUUUGUAGUGGAUUCAAGAGCAUUAAUGGCAGUUAUUUUAUGACAAACUCCAUUUAUUUUAUUCAACAAUGUCAGAAAGCCCUUUGCACACCAACAACUCUGUGUCUCCCCCGUGGAAAGAUGGAGAUUGUGAAGAUUAUCACAGCCUUAAGUCCCCAGGCCUUGAGCCUAAAUCCCUUCAAGAUGAUGGCCACAAUGAAUCCCUUGCUGAUCCUGCAAUCAAAUCUGUCCAGGAUGAGGCUCUUAGUCCUCCCAUGCCACUGCUGGACACAAACAAAGUUGACACUAUAGAGGAAUUCUCCAAAGAUAAGUCAGAGGAUGGAUGUCCUGCUGAUGGUGAACAGGAAUGCUGUGAGGAUGACCAAAAUUUGCCAAUGGCAUCAGAUGAUGCUGAUGCCAGCAGCAUACUUACCGAUGACCCUGAUCAGCAUUACAUGGAAGACUUUCAUGGCAACAGUAUGUCGGAAGGAGAAGAUAAUUCUGUUACCAGCCAUGAGUGCAUGAGCUCAAGCAACAGCUACCAUCCUCCUGUGAUGAACUCUGAUGGUAUGGCAAGUGUGGACAAUGGACCUGGCCAGUUUUUAGAUUGCAAUAGACAUUUAUACAAUUCCUUUGAUGCCAACCUGCCAGUUGAGGAGGAUGACAUUCCUGUAAGCUCCUGUAUGUCUACCCCUGUGGGACAGUGUCAUGGCGGUCUCAAUAAUAUGCCCAAUUCAGAGCCAGGAGCUACAAAUAGUUCUCAUCUGGUUGAGGUGAGUUCUCUGAGAAUUUGUGAGCAGUCCUCAAGUGAUGAAGCUGUUGAUUUUAGUUCAGCUUUCAAGUCAAACAAAAUAACAAAGCUAAAUAACUCAAAUGGAUUUGAGUCUUCUCCCAAUUUAACCACAAGUCUAUUGAAGGCUGUGAAUGCUUCAAUUGAAAAUGAGGCAACUGAGAAGAUUACCUCAUCUUUAACUGAUACCAGAUCAACAUCCUUUGCUCAAUCAAUCAUACAAGAUACUAAAUGCCUCAGUGAAUGCAACAAACUUAUGGCUUUAGAUUCUUCUGACUGCACCAAGGAUCAAAACAAUGGAUCUGAGAAAUCUUCUAAUGAUGCAACUCGAGUUCCUGUUCGAUGUUCAAAUCCAAAAGCCAUGGUUCGUUCCAAAAUUUCUCGGAAACCAAGCCGAGUGAGUCAGCGACUACUGAGUAAGAGAAUAUCCAAGUCUCAGGAAAAUUCAUUGCUUGAGAGCCCUCUGUGUCCUUCACAAAGCUUGCAGAACUUUGAGGAUCUCGCUGAAAGCAUAGCUACCCAGGAUACAUCGCUCAGUGCCCCAGUUAUGUCUCCUGUGUCAUUUUCUUUGCCAGCAAUUUUAUCCUCAUCUAAUGAUGAGCUAGAUAAUAGUGACAAUGUGCCUAAAGUUCUUCCAGCGGCCCAGGAAUGUGUGGCAGAUAAUAUACUCGCAACAAUGCCAAGUGCAGCUGAUGUUGAACAUCCUGCUGAUGCUGUGCUUAAGGAAACUGCUACUUCCGUAAUGCAAGUCAUUGAGAAAGAUCAGAAUUCCUGCAAAUUUAACAGCAAUAGGGAGGAAAAUACAGAUGAUGAUAUAGAUGGCACUGGUGCUAAUAUUGAGUCAAGUGGUCAUGAAGGGAAGACCAAGACUAAUUCAAUUCAAUUGCCACCAAAAAAUGUUCAAACAGAGAUAUUUGAAUGUCAGGAAGAAGCAAUGGGGUCUUGCAGUCAAGGUAGAACAGAUACCUUGCUUUCCUUGAUAAAAGCCAAUAACUUGCAUUCAUCUGAAAAUUUUAAUUCACUUGAUGCAGGUGGGAGUGAAAUUAGUGAUCUUGUUUGCAAGUUGAAGAAUAUUGAACAAAGCAAUGCAUCGUGUAAUGGCACAAAUAGCUCAAAAAAUAUCAGUGACGAGGAUCUUAGUUCAAAAAAGGGCUACACUAAUUUGUUAAAAAAGCCAAAGAAUGAGGAAAGAAUUACUAAUAAUGACUCUGAUAAUGAUUCUACAGCGGAUGAACUACCUGAUAUUGAUGCUGGUAACUGCUUGAAAAAAAUGAAAAGAACUGAGCUUGCCAGUGAAGCUCCAAUGAUUGAAAACCUAGAGGAACUUCCAGAUGUAGAUUGCAUGCAAUCUCCAUCACAAUCUGAUCAAAAGGAAAGUCAAACUUCCAAGGUAUCUGAUGAUCAAGUUGAUAAUACAUCUCCUGUCAUGAAGCCAGAAAAGAUAUCCAAGACUGAUCCUCCAGCAUUUCCUUUGCGCAAGAAAAGAUUAUGUAAGCCAUGUGAUGAGUACUCAGUGACCUUGCCAUCAAAGUCAGAUGGCAAGACUUUAAUUUUUACCAGGAAACCCACCUUCAGUUUGGCAGGCUCAUCAAGAGAUACAGCAGAAGAGACUUCAGCUCGGUAUUAUCAGAAUUACUUGCGUUGCAAAAGACGCAUUGCUGACUAUGAGCGUAAGUUACGUGAGCAGUUCACCGACACUGACAGCGAUGACAGCAUUGAGCACUACAAGAGGGAAGCUGACCGUAGACGUUGGAUGGAUAAAAAGGCCAUUCUCUCUGAGAGGAUGAAGAAUCUUGUGGCACUCAAUGGAGGGCCUUUUGAUGUUGACUUGGCUCUCAAAAAUACUGAUGAUUCUUGUGAUGAUCUUCCUAGUCUGUAUCCCCCUUCUUCAUGUGCUGCAGUUGACACCAUGAAUGACUUGAUGGAUGAGGCAUUGAAUUCCUCCAAGACCGGUAGUGAUGAUGACAUCAUUGUGGAAGAUAAAAGCUCAUUUCGUCGUCGGGUGAAGCACACCCUGGGUUUCAAGAGACGUCCUAAGAUGUGGCAGAAGAAGAGGAAGUGUGAUGACACUGCAGAUGUUGUUGAUCUAACCAAUGAGAUUGACAGUAAUGAUGACGGUGAUGUUGAAGUAUUGCAGCAUGACAAACCUGUUGUGUACCUAAAGACAGAAAGCCGCCGCAAGAAGCGUCGUUCUUCAUUGCGCCUGACAGAGAACAACAGCACCACAGCAGCUGCAGCUGCACAGACCAUCGAUCUUGUAGCCCCUGAGGCUGCCAUCCAGCCCCAACCCAUUGAUUUCAAUGACCCCAACCUGCUCUUUGGCACUCUUCUUGAACAACCUGAAAGAUUUGUGGUUCCCAAACUUGAUGAGAAGCAAGACUCGCCUGAUUCUACCAACAUCAAGGCCACAAGUGGGCCUGAUUUAUUAGCAGCCUCAGGACCGUUGAAUAAAUUAUCAGGGAAUUCUGAUGAGGGGCAUUUGUGCAGUGGAUCUGGCUCUUCUAAUGCUCCAAACAAAGUUGAUCCUUUAAUACCCAGUCAUUUGUAUGCUGGGCCUUCUGCUAGCAGCUUUUCAUCUAAUUCAACUCGAGACCCCCAUAGACUUGAUGAUAAAAGUCCUGUGGCAAUAGAGAAAAUUUGGGAGAUGUUGAAUAUUCCUGAUGAAGAUAUGCAGACUGUUCGAUUGCAUCAUCAGGCUUCUAGCAGUGGCUCUCUCCCUGUACCAGACUCUGUGUGUCUUCCUAAUUAUGGUCGCUCCGCCUCUCCACCCUCUCCCUACCGCACUGCUCCUCCUCCUGGCUGCUGCCCUGACAAUGACAGCUUGCAUGACUCAGUCACCAGACCUCUUAACCUAAAGAGCGGCCCUGGUGCUCUUGUGAGUGGGGCUGCAAUCGACAACUCUGACAUGCAUAUCAGCAACAACACAACUACAAGCUCUUCCCAGGGUCCUCAUGGUGACAUUUCACAAGGUGCUGUACAGACACGCUCACUGAUCAACCACGCUGCUCAGCCCAAUAAGGUCGACAUGGGCCACAGGCCUUUCCUGCAACCUAAUAGGUUUGGACCCUCACAGUCAUCAUCUAAUCCCUUUGGUAUUGGGCCCUCCACGUUCCUUCCCAUAAACCGGCCUACUUGUUCUGGUCGGGAGCCUUUGACCGGUGCAAGUACCAGCGGUUCGCAAGAUGAUUUUCUCUCUCGUUUCUCUAGCUCUGCGUCCCGCUCAUGCAAUGGUCUCCAACGUGCUCCCUCAGGUCCAAUCUUCCCUUCAACCAGCGCUUCUUUUAUCGGCCCUCUCGUCAAUCCUUUCCUUAGUAAACGACCAAUAAUGAACGGCUCGCAACCUGAGCUUCCUUCUGGGAGGAUUGAGCCUUCCUUGACAGGCAGGAAUCAAACGUUUCCUAGCAUGCCUCCUUCACAGGCCUGCACCCGCGUGAUGCGCUCUGCGUCCAUCCCUUCUAAUCCUUUGCAUCCCGUGCCUUGGGUUCGAAUGUUCAGAGAAAACGACCCUGUCCCUUCCAGCGCUUUCUCUAAUCCCAUGGGCGCUGCGGCUGGAGCAUCAAUUCCCUUGCCUCCAUCGGUCACCACUCAGUGCGCAAGUGCAAGUGUGUUUCCCUUUAGCGGUAGCACGCGGCCUUAUGUUUCAUCUAGUCUUAUGUCCAUGAAUAUGCAAGGCUCAUCUUCCAUUGCAAACCCGACGGCUGCUGGUGUUGCAGGUCCUUCUAAUAAUAACUCGGCACAAAAUGAUCUACGUCGUGAUGUCUCUGGCCCACCAACGGCUGCCGGCACCAGCACAAAUAAUUCUAGCCGAACUUCGUUAGCAUCUGCUCGAGGUGCUAACGAUGUCAUGGUUCUAGGAGAGGAUGAUGACAUGAAUGUUGUCAACAUUUCAACGCCAGCGGAAGAAGAAGAUGAUGAACCUGAGUCUGAGGAAGCCAGUACAGAACCUUCUUCCCCUGACGAUACUGAGCGAAGCUCCCGCAGUGACAAGCCAACAUCUGCCGCUCCUCCUGCUCCUGCAAAGUCCAAAGCUUCGUCGUCUUCAGGGAAUGACUUUGAGAUAUCAUGUCCAAUAUGCUGCGAUACUUUGAUGGACAUUAAGGAACGUCGUGGGCACCUCGUGUCGACCGUUUGUGGUCACCUCUUCUGUGAGGUGUGUCUGGACGCGGCCGUUCGCCGCACCAAGCAAUGUCCUACUUGUCGGCGUCGUCUCACCAAACGCCAAUUCCAUAAACUUUUCAUUUAAUCAGUCAUUUGAAUCCUAUCGAAACCAGUCAUUAAUGGUGGAACUUGUUGUCAAUCCUGAUAUACAAAAGCAAGUGAAGAGGAUGGAAUUCCGACUCAUCCGUUCUACCAUGCCCUCACUUAAUUGGCAUUUCAUUCGAUAAUAGAUCGAUUUAACAUCAAGUUUGACGAAAUUACGUCUGUGUCUUCAGAUUUUCAACGUGUGGUGCGUGUGAUAUUACCUUCUGAUGUGCACUGUACACGGUUUGAAUGAUUGUCUUGAAUUAACCGCUUGGGUUCUUGUGUUAAUCUCAUCACUUUCCAUCCAUGAUUAAUUUAUUUGCCGAGUCAAGUAUUGUAUUCAUAUCAAAUGAUUGUAUUUUAGUAUUGAACUAAAAUGCUAAUGCUCAUUUUAUCGAUAAAAAAAUGGUGAUUGUGUAGAGCCAGGAGCUCCGAAAUUGUUCAUACUCGCAAACAAUAAUGUUGAUUUAUAAUUGUUUAUUUUCUACAAAUUCCAUACUGAUUUCUUUAAGUUUAGCUUUCCUUCAGAUGGCCUUCACUUCUUGCGUCAAUUUACGCUUGUGUUUAGCUGCCAGAGUUGGUUUCAUAACACAAAUUUCAUGUCUUGUAAGUUGUUUAUUCUUCUGGGUACGAGGUGACAAGGUUUCUUGUAUACGUGGAUUUCACCCCAGACUAUGAUGUUAGUCUUGGCCAAGUUUACAGUUAAAACUACGGCACAUAGGAAUUAUGUCAUACAAGUUUAUGGAAAGAUUUUUAUAUUUCAAAAGGUCAUCAAGUUUUAUGUAUUAUCUUCUUCAAAUUUUUUGUUUAGCUCAGUGUUGAUAUAGUAGUAUAGUUUAGGUACGAUUGUAAAAACGUUUCUAUCAGUGCUCGAUUUUUUGUGUGCUUUUUCGAAUGUUUUUUGUUACCGACCUAUGUUACAUCUAAGUUCUUUACUUUUUCUUCAAUGAUAUUCAAUCUAAUUAUAUUAUUAUAUGCUUAGAGGAAAUGUAACAAUUUAUAUUCUGAACGAUAUUUAUGAUCGAACCUUUUCUUAUUCAAAGUGUUCAGGAAUAUUAAGAGUGAGAUGCAACCCAGCCUCACUACGUGCCUGCUUCCAACCACAGUCUAAUUACAUUAAAAAUAAAUACUUGUGAUGGAAAUUUCAUCUUCAAGUUGACAAUUUGCGAACCAUUUAUUUUUUGUGAAGUUUAAACUGUAUAGGCUUUUCCCAUAUUAUUUUGUAUAACUAUUAUGUUUUUUUUUCGUGAAUGUGUACCUAUAGCGUGACCAGGGCAGCUAAGGUGAGACUUCUGUAAGCCUCAUGCAUUAUCUUAAUCUUGAAUAAACUCUUGUACAUCCACGAUGAGAAAUAUCUUGCUGGUACCUACCCAUCACUGUCAGCUGCUGACAACUGCGUACCGACAACUGCAGGCACUGACAGCUGCCCAUUUAUAUCUUAUGUAUAUGUAAACUAUCACUGGUUAUUAUUUCCCGCUAUUGGAAAAUGCAAGUCUCUUCUUUCGUCAUCAUGUACGGUUUUUUCUUGUUUGUUAUUGCGGUUAUUAUUCAUGAUAUUCAUUAUUGACUCGAUUGUCAACCGUUGUUAACGCUGAACAAAAUGGCUUAAAAGUUUUUUUUCUAAUAAUUGAGGAUGCUAAUAAUUAUAAUAACUAAGUGGAGCUGUAACAUUACGAUCAUUCUGGCUUGAGAUGAAGUAUUACUGCACUGUGAAGUUACCAAUAUAAUAACAAGAAUAUUUCCGACCCUAAUAUUGUAAUGUUUUUUUAGGCGAUAUAUGUAUUCAAUUCGUCAACUAAGAAAACGUCGGGACAAAUUUAUUCGCCCAUAUUUGUGAUUAACUGAUCUGUUGUCGGCAUAGGUAUAUGAUAGGAUUAUAUUAAUUUAAAUGUUGAAAAUCUGUUAACAUCUACACAUUUGUUGUUAGCAGUUUAGUCAGCUGUCUUGAGGAUGCCAGGUUAUGAUAAACGGUUUGAUUUCUCUCUAUUUGGUUUACGGAGAUGAUGUGAUCAUUCAUGUCUGGAUUAUAGUUUUGUUCUAGUAAAAUAUGUUUGUUAAUAAAUAAUGUUUUUGGUUUUCCAAUUUUCUGAACCAAAAGAUCAAGCGGCUUGUGAAA